CGGGACAACACCUAGAAAAAUACAGGAUAGGAGGAUAGUGUAGUGUAGCAGGAUUGAUCCCGGACUAUGGAAUCCAUGUAAACACCGAACCUGACCCGGGUUAUUUAUUUCUCUACUUUUACACUACACACAGCGGGAUAUUGUUCCAGAAUCCUGACUUUAAUUGAUCAUUAUCCGCAUAGAAAAUGUCUCGGGGUGUGAUGCAGCCGAGCCAGCAGAAACUGGCGGAGAAACUGACCAUCCUGAAUGAUCGAGGAGUGGGAAUGUUAACCCGCAUCUACAACAUCAAAAAGCAAGGACAAGUUUGGAAGGCAUGUGGCGAUCCCAAAGCGAAGCCCUCCUACCUGAUCGACAAAAGCCUCGAGUCAGCUGUCAAGUUCAUCGUGAGAAAGUUCCCGGCUGUGGAAACCCGCAACAAUAACCAACAGCUUGCACAGCUCCAGAAGGAAAAGUCCGAAAUACUAAAGAAUCUGGCCCUGUAUUACUUCACCUUUGUAGAUGUGAUGGAAUUUAAGGACCAUGUGUGUGAACUGCUGAACACUAUCGAUGCUUGCCAAGUUUUCUUUGAUAUUACUGUAAACUUUGACCUGACGAAGAACUACCUGGACUUGGUGGUCACCUACACUACACUGAUGAUGCUGCUGUCUCGAAUUGAAGAGCGCAAAGCCAUCAUCGGCCUCUACAACUAUGCUCAUGAGAUGACACAUGGAGCGAGUGAUCGGGAAUAUCCUCGACUCGGACAGAUGAUCGUGGACUAUGAGAAUCCUCUGAAGAAAAUGAUGGAGGAGUUUGUCCCUCACGGAAAGUCUCUUUCAGAUGCACUGAUCUCACUGCAGAUGGUUUACCCACGCCGAAACCUUUCAGCAGACCAGUGGAGAAACGCUCAGCUGUUGAGUCUGAUCAGUGCCCCCAGCACCAUGUUAAACCCAGCACAGUCUGAUACGAUGCCAUGUGAAUACCUGUCCCUGGACACCAUGGAAAAGUGGAUAGUGUUCGGGUUCAUCCUGUGCCACGCUACCCUGAACACUGAUCAGACCGCUCUCAGCUUGUGGAAACUGGCUCUGCAGAGCAGCUCCUGCCUCUGCUUGUUCAGAGACGAGGUCUUCCACAUCCACAAAGCUGCUGAAGAUCUGUUCGUCAACCUCCGCGGGUAUAACAAACGUGUCAACGACAUCCGCGAGUGCAAGGAGUCGGCGCUCUCUCACGCAGGUUUGAUGCACAGGGAGAGGCGUAAAUUUCUGCGUUCUGCACUAAAAGAGCUGGCCACAGUGCUAGCCGACCAGCCAGGCCUACUCGGCCCAAAGGCUCUGUUUGUCUUCAUGGCUCUGUCGUUUGCACGGGACGAGAUCAUCUGGCUGCUCAGACACGCGGACAACAUUCAGAAAAAAAGCACAGACGACUUUAUCGACAAGCACAUUGCUGAGCUAAUCUUCUACAUGGAAGAGCUCAGGGCCCACGUGAGAAAAUACGGCCCAGUCAUGCAGAGGUACUAUGUGCAGUACCUGUCUGGCUUUGAUGCUGUCGUCCUCAAUGAGCUUGUCCAGAACCUGUCUGUGUGUCCAGAGGACGAGUCCAUCAUCAUGUCUUCCUUUGUGAACACCAUGACUUCUCUCGGUGUUAAACAAGUAGAGGACGGUGAGGUGUUUGAUUUUAGAGGGUUGAGACUGGACUGGUUUCGGCUGCAGGCCUACACCAGUGUGUCCAAGGCUUCUCUGGGCAUCGCGGACCAUCGGGAGCUGGGAAAGAUGAUGAACACCAUUAUCUUCCACACGAAGAUGGUGGACUCGCUGGUGGAGAUGCUGGUGGAGACGUCUGACCUCUCUAUUUUCUGCUUCUAUAGCCGGGCGUUUGAGAAGAUGUUCCAGCAGUGUCUGGAGUUACCGUCUCAGUCACGCUACUCCGUCUGCUUCCCUCUGCUCUGUACCCACUUUAUGAGCUGCACCCACGAGCUCUGUCCUGAAGAGAGGCACCAUAUUGGUGAUCGCAGUCUGUCCCUGUGUAACAUGUUCUUGGACGAGAUGGCCAAACAGGCUCGUAACCUCAUCACCGAUAUCUGCACAGAGCAAUGCACCCUGAGUGACCAGCUCCUGCCAAAACACUGCGCCAAGACCAUCAGUCAGGCUGUAAACAAGAAGUCCAAGAAGCAGACGGGUAAGAAAGGAGAACCAGAGCGCGAGAAACCUGGAGUGGAGAGCAUGAGGAAGAACAGACUGCUCGUUACUAACCUGGACAAGCUGCACACAGCGCUGUCAGAGCUUUGUUUCUCCAUCAACUAUGUCCCCAACAUGAUGGUCUGGGAGCACACCUUCACCCCACGAGAGUAUCUGACCUCCCAUCUGGAGAUCCGCUUCACCAAGUCUAUAGUCGGAAUGACCAUGUAUAACCAGGCCACGCAGGAGAUUGCAAAGCCGUCUGAGCUUUUGACCAGCGUGAGAGCUUACAUGACGGUGCUACAGUCCAUUGAGAACUACGUGCAGAUCGACAUCACCCGAGUGUUCAACAACGUCCUGCUGCAGCAGACGCAACACCUGGACAGCCACGGAGAGCCCACCAUCACCAGCCUCUACACUAACUGGUAUCUGGAGACUUUGCUUCGGCAGGUGAGCAACGGCCACAUAGCAUACUUCCCUGCCAUGAAGGCUUUCGUCAAUCUGCCCACUGAAAACGAGCUCACCUUCAACGCUGAAGAGUACUCGGAUAUUUCUGAAAUGCGUUCCCUUUCCGAACUGCUGGGUCCAUACGGGAUGAAGUUCCUCAGCGAGAGCCUGAUGUGGCACAUCUCUUCCCAGGUGGCUGAGCUUAAGAAACUGGUGGUAGAGAACAUGGAGGUUCUGACCCAGAUGAGGACCAGCUUCGACAAGCCUGACCACAUGGCAGCACUCUUCAAGAGACUCACAUCUGUGGACAGUGUGCUUAAAAGGAUGACCAUCAUCGGUGUGAUCCUGUCCUUCCGCUCUCUGGCACAGGAGGCACUGCGAGAUGUUCUGUCCUGCCACAUUCCUUUCCUGGUCAGCUCAGUGGAGGACUUCAAGGACCACAUUCCUCGUGAAACAGACAUGAAGGUGGCCAUGAAUGUUUAUGAGCUCUCCUCAGCAGCAGGUUUACCCUGUGAGAUCGAUCCUGCUCUUGUAGUUGCUCUGUCCUCCCAGAAAUCUGAGAACAUCAGCCCAGAGGAGGAGUAUAAGAUUGCCUGCUUGCUGAUGGUGUUUGUGGCCGUUUCCUUGCCGACCCUGGCAAGCAACGUGAUGUCUCAGUACAGUCCUGCCAUCGAAGGCCACUGCAACAACAUCCACUGCCUGGCGAAGGCAAUUAACCAGAUUGCUGCUGCUCUUUUCACUAUUCACAAGGGCAGCAUUGAGGAUCGGCUGAAGGAGUUCCUUGCUCUGGCCUCCUCCAGUUUGCUGAAGAUCGGUCAGGAGACGGACAAGACCACCACCAGAAACCGUGAAUCUGUUUAUCUUCUCCUCGACAUGAUCGUGCAGGAGUCUCCGUUCCUCACUAUGGACCUGCUGGAGUCAUGUUUUCCGUACGUGCUGCUGAGAAACGCCUAUCACGCCGUCUACAAGCAGUCGAUAUCUGCCACCGCGUGAGAUCUGACCAAACCCAUUCCAUCCACUCUUUACUUUGUUCUCACAGUCGUGCCACUGCAACACUACGUAGAGGAUCAGUCCUUCUUUACCAAUCAAAAAAAAUGGAAAUAAAUAAAAAAAAUACUAAACUAAGAGUGCAAGAUGUUUAUUGAGCUGUUAGAGUAAUCUAUGAGUUUGGUUUGUCAGGGACCAGUAACACUAAAUAUCAUUUUUGAUCUGUAUUACUUUUGUGAUUUGGGUUUUGUUUUUAUUUUUUUAGGGGGGAGGGGGAGUUGCAAUGGUUAAAAAAGAGAAAACACAAGUAUUUGAGUCUGUCUCUCUGUGUAUGUGUGUGUGUGAGGGUGUGUGGGUGUGGGUGUGUGUGUGUGUGUGUGUGUGUGAGGGUGGGCUGCGUUGCGUGAAGUGAUGAAACACUACGUCAUGCUGUAAAGCUCUAAUUGCUCUGAAUCACGGUGGUUCAUAUUUCGGUGUUCUAACUUUAAUCUGUGUGGGUGCUGCUUGUUCUCUCUCAGUUCUUUUUUCUAUGAUCACGCUGGUUUUGUGUUUCUUUGAUGCAUUUGCCAAAAUACUGAUGAACUGACACGUUUCAUCUCAUUUCAAUCUAAACUACAUCUUCUAAAAGCCAAUGGUGGUGUUUGUAUAAAGCAUAUUAUAAUUUUUUAACUAACGCUCCUUCAGAGACUCCAUUCUACCCUCUGUGUGUUCUGAUAAACAUUCGUACGUAUUUAUUGAAUGUUUAGAAUCGUCCCCCCUUUUACCCAUUUUAUAUGUUCUGGAUUUUUUGGAAAUGACCAUGUAUCUUCCAUAACAUGAAUAAACAUUGGGUCA